AUGAUCCCAGUAUCAGAUGAAGUAAUACACCAGAUUGCCCAAGACCCGAUCAUGCAAAACAAGCUGUUGCUCCUGCCGAGAGACCCAGUCGUUGAACAGAAUGAUCUAUGCCUUGGGAAGAGAGCUCAGAUUCCUUCGCCGAAGCUAUGCAGCGCAUUUUUGAACUGCUGGGACGGUUUCGCUUUUGAGCAGGAGUGCCCGAGCGGCUUGCUGUUCUCUAGUGAAGGGUACUGCGACUACCCGCGGAGGGUGGAUUGUAAUAAUAGGAGAAUAAUUGAGCGCCCUGUGCCGGCGCCGAUCCGAUGCGCGGGCGACUUCAAAGCGUUCCGCAGCGAGUGGAGCUGCGGUGAAUUCUUCGUCUGCGUCAACCGUUUGCCCGUGCGCUUCCAGUGCCCGAACGACCUAGUAUUUAAUAUGGAGCUGGGUAUCUGCGACUACCCGGCGCGCGUGAACUGCUCUGCAUCAGUGAACUUGUCCGGAGCCGCUGAGAUCCAAGCUCCUGUUGCAGGAGGUACCGCUUCCACGGACGGCAAGACUGUACUCAUGAAGAGUUCCAUCUACAACACUCAGAGCUGGUCGUCUCACUCGCACGUUGCGUUGUCGCGCCAAGACGCCGUCCGCCAGCUGCAGCUCGGUCGCAUCGCAAACGUCAACACAGCUUAA